AAUAACUCGGGAUCUUUCUUCCUCCCCUCCCCUUCCUUCCUCCCUCUUCCCGAUCUGCGGCCUGCACGCCUCUGAGCGCGUGCAGAGCGCCCAUUUUCGCUUUUGCGGCGUGUGUCACCACGUGUUGGCGCUGCGCGCGGAGAGCCUCCUCGCGCCUGCCUGCGGUUUCGGGUUUCACUUCCCUCCUUUAAAGGCUGCGCCGCGCGCCCAGGCGCGCACACACACGCCCGCACUCGCGCGCCUCUGUCGCAGCAGCGUCUGGUCUCGCCCUUUCCCCUCCGCUGCCAAGAAGAGCCAAGCGGAUCGCAUCCUCUUCUCGCCCGGGAGAAACUUCAGGCAAUCCUCGGCGCUGCGCAGGAAAGAUGCGGACCUCGUUGCCUCUCCUCGCGGCCGUGGCGCUGGCCUUGGCCGGCUGGGCGCAGGGCGAGGUGGUGGCCACCAAGGGAGGAGAAGAAGCCGCGGGCUUCGGAGACUGCGACGGCUUCUUCUACCAGCGGACGCCCCCCGAGGGGCUCCCGGGGCAGUCCGGGGAUCAGCACGUGAAGAUCUGCCAGAAAUACAACCAAGAGCCGCGCUUCGCCACCCUUUACAGCACGCGGGACAGGAUCCCCCUUUACGCGGCUUUUCUGUACACGGGAGGCGGCCAGAGCGGGGAAGAGAGAUGGCUGGUGGAGCCGCAGGUGAGGAGGGAAGUGGCGGGUGGUAUUACUGAUGAUGAUUUCUAUCAAUAUGUUGUGAAACGCCCAGUGAUCUUUGGAUGAAGGCCGAUACACACACAUUUUAUUUAUUACACACACACACACAAACACAAUAUCUGUCCUUCUCCAGCAGCUCCAAGGCUGGGUUACAAGCUAAAAUUCAUAUUUCAAAACAGUUAAAAUAGAUUAUAGGAACAGUGCAAGCUGGCCAGUUUUCUGUUUUUUUUAUAUUCUGCGAUAUUAUGUUGUGAACUGCCCUGAGAUCUACAGGUAUAGGGCAGUAUACAAAUUUAAUAAACAGAUUAAGUGGGGGGGGGUUAGGGGGAGUGGAUUUUGCAAAGCACCAGGUCAGGGCAGCUUGCUGUGAAACUGUUUGCUGCCGUCAUUGUUACUUAAUGAAAGCUAUUGGCUUUGGAACUUGCUGCCACGAGAGGAGAUGGCUUUUUCUUCUUCUUCUUGGAAGAAACGGAUUAGGCAUCAGAACAGAGCCUGGUACUUGGAUGAGGCCAGUGGCCUGCCUGGUCCAGCGCCCUGGUCUUGACAGGUGCCUGCGGCAAGCCUGUAAGCAGGAGAGGAUGCCGCUGGACAGCCCUGCUGUUGGAAACAACGAGAGAGGAUUAGCUGUUGCCUCCCUGCUUUGCCACUGUGGGAAGGAGGAUGCAGGAGGGGAUCACUGGCCAGGGUGCACUUAGGUCAUUGGAGACUAGGCAUUUAAUGGCCUUGGAGAGCUCCCCUCCUUCGCGCUUCAGAAGGCAACGGCCAUUACUUCAAAAUGUGGUAAGCCAGCAAGCCAGCCUCCUCCCUUCUGAUUAUUCUGCUGGCUGAGACUCCAGACUUCUAGUGCGGCACCGUUGUGCUGGGUUUGUGUGCGGAAGACGUAGCUUCAGAUGUGAUCUCCGAGCCUUCUUUCGUAUUCUAGGACACCUUGGACAGACAGGGAGCUAUAAUGAAUCCUGGCUUCUUCUUUUUUUACCUGUGUUAUCUUUCUGAUGGAAGUGUUUGCUGCAUUCUGGAGUGACGGCUCGUCUCUUCUCUCUCCCCCACCUGUCUACUCCGACUGCCAAUUCCAGCAGCAGUAAGGUUCUCCUCCUCCCCUUGCGCAUCAAGCGCAUAUCCAAAAGCACAUUACUUUGUGCUGCGAGAUUCAGAGCACAAUGAUGUCAGGGGGAGGAUUGUCACAUGGGGUGGUGGCGGCUCCAUGUGUCUUUUUUGUUGGCCCUCUCCGCAUUUAGCACAUAUUCAUGGCAAUCCCAUUUUAUACUCUCAAGAACCCUGAGAGUUUGGUUGGGUCGAGAGGCAGCGUCACCCAAAAGCCACCCGUUGCACAUCAGUGAUCCAUCGUGCGACUUGCCAAGGAAUGCACCCGUGUUACACCCAUGUAGGGGCCUCUUGAAUGUGCACUCGGGGAUGUUGAGAGUUGCCAGGAGGCCCCUAUUCCUCAGUUCCCUGAGAAGAGGGAUUGAUUAUUAAACUGUUCUGGGGAUCAUAGCUCUGUCAGGGAGAUCUAGGCUGAGACUGGCAAAGACAUGCUUGGGCCAGGUGGAUGAAUGGGAAACAGAAGCCUUGGGGUGUUAUUUGAGAUUCCUCAAGGAAGGGGAAUUUAAAAAAAACACCCCGCUGCAAAAGCUUGGGAGCUAUAGCUCCUACUUUACAGAUGACAGUUUUCAGUUUGAAAGGCUGUUGGGUCCAAUCCUGGCUCAAGGAUAAAGAGCCCCAAGAAGGGAGAACAAGGCUGUAUACAAUGCCCAAAGAGAAUCCUGGGAAUAGGUGUACUAGGAGUUAUAGCGCUGUGAGGAGUAAGCUACAGUUCUCAGGAUUCUUUGCCAGGUGUGGUGGCAUAUGAACUUCAUAUCUAUGGGGUGUAGGCUGCCUAGAAAAGGCCGCAAAGUUGCCCGUCAGCCGUGAGCACCCAGAGAGCAAAUUGAGCAGCUGCACACAGGUCAGUCUUUCUCACUGUGGAACGAUGCCUUGUAUUUCUGUUUAAUCUGAAGCAAUUGCUUCUAAAUUUGCAUCUGUUCAUGUAAAUUGGCAGAUGCAAACUUGUGCCUUCUUUUUAAUUAUGAUGUUGCAUUUCCUCCCUUUGGGAAGUAGCUACCUCAGGAAGGAAAUUAGAAAGUGUACUGAUGGAGUCUCUUAGCAGGCAGGAGGAGCAGAACAUUGGCUUCAUCAUACACACACAACCAGAUGUGGGGGACCUUUGGCCUUCCAGACGUUGUUGGACUACAACUCCCAUCUGCCCCAAGCAGCAAGAGCAGUGGUCCAGAAGUCAUAGUCCCACAACACACCUUGGUGAACACAGCUUCUUUCUCCCUGAUAUGUAUAAUUAACAAAAACCCAAGAAACCAGGUGAGGGUUGUUAGGGAUGAUCUCCACCUUCCCCUCACAUCUGGCAGGGUUGUCAACAUUUCUUUCUUCAUCCAGCAAGACUCCUGCACCUGCAGCACCUGUAUGGCAGGCAACAAAGAACUAUCGAAAAGUAGAGGCAUUGUCACACGGCUGCACACCUAUGCAGGAGGGAAAUAAUAGUUCAGCUCAGUUUCCUCCUUUUGGGUCACGUCUACAGGCAGAAGAAACCUCGGCACUCUUAGCUAAACCAGAGGUGGGAGCACAUCCGAGAUGUUGUUAGACUACAACUCCCAUCAUCCCCAGCAGCCAGCAUGGCCAUUAAUCGGGAUGGUGGGAGUUGUGGUCCAGUGACACCUGCAGUCAUUCUUUGGGGGAAGCUAUGGUUGCUUAAGGGGACGCUGGUGGCGCUGUGGUGUAAACCACUGAACCUUGGACUUGCUGAUCAGAAGGUCAGCUGUUUAAAUCCCCGCGACAGGGUGAGCUCCCGUUGCUCGGUCCCAGCUCCUGCCAGCCUAGCAGUUCGAAAGCACAUCAAAGUGCAAGUAGAUAAAUAGGUACCACCCUGGCGGGAAUGUAAAUGGCAUUUCUGUGCGCUGCUCUGGUUUCACCAGAAGCGGCUUAGUCAUGCUGGCCACAUGACCUGGAAAAACCGUCUGCGGACAAACGUCGGCUCCCUCGGCCAGUAAAGCAAGAUGAGCACCGCAACCCCAGAGUCGUUCACGACUGGACUUAACUGUCAGGGGUCCUUUACCUUUUUUUAUGGUUGCUUAAAGUGGUAUAAUACUGCUUUAAAUGUAUACAGUGGUACCUUCAGUUGCGUACAGGAUCCGUUCUGGAGCUCCGGUCAGAUCCUGAGGCUUCCGUAACUGGAAGGACCUCUUCUGCGCAUGCACACGGUAGAGCGCUGCUGCGCAUGCGCGCGUGGUGAAACACUCCUGGGUUUGCCGCUUUCGCAACCCGAAGGUUACAUUACGUAAGCCGAGGUGCUACUGUCCUGCGGACGGAGCCAAGUGCCCUAAAGUUUGAGUAGCCAAUCUGCAGCAAGGGGCCAACAGGUGACAGAGGCUGCAGAAGUUUGUGGCGCACCUGGGUGAAAGUACGCGGGACCACAGGCCAGCUGUGGCGCAGAGCCAGCCUUACAUUCCUAGCUGCCUCUCCAGAGCUGUGCUCGCUGCUGUUGCCUGUUCCCAGGCUCAGUGGAGGAGAGGUUAAAACCGCACAAGCCACUGAGAUGGGUGGGGCUGUUCUUGCAGCGUGCACUGCAGCGACUUGGGCAUGCUUGCUGAGACGGAUGCACAUGCGUAGUUGUCAAGACUUCCUGUGCUUUGAGAAAACCAUUGGAUGCAGGAACACAGGAGGAAGGCUCAUAGCUUACUGGCAGAGAAUCAUGCUUUUGCAUGCAUGAAGUCCCAGGUCCAGUCCUUGGAAUCUCCAGAUAGCAGCUUGGUGGCUUUUGCAACACCUUGCAGGAGUGAAUCCCCUUGUUUUAACUCUACGUUGCAUGAAGAAACUGCUUUCUUUUGUCUCUCCUGAAUCUUCCAACAUUCGUCUUCAUUGAAUGGCCCCGAGUUUUAGUGUUAUUAGGGAGAUCCACCGACUUUCUCUCCAUCCCCAUCCACCAUGCCUUCGCCCCUUUAUUUGGCUCCCCCCCCAAACUAAAAAUACUGUGACCUUUCCUCCUUGGGGAGCUUCUCCAACCCCUUGACCGUUUUGGUUGCCCUCUUCUGAACCUUUCCCAAUAUCCCUUUUGAGGACAAAAUAGGGGUGUGCGCAGUUUGUCCUUCCGGGAAAGAGUGUCUGUCGUUGCUGAUUUCUUGGAGGACCUCUGGCCAUGACUGUGGUUCCCACAGGAAGGAGUCAGAGGCUGUCUCCCGAGGGAGCCAAGAAUGGUGCCAACCUCUGCCCUGACCCCUGCGGUACAUAAAUAGUCUUCUCCAAACAGACAGAGGCUUGACUCCAAAAAUGAAUAGGGAAGGAAAAAGGCAAGAGGGGUGGGCGGUCGCCAGCUAUUCUUUGCACACAAACGCAUCCCAUUGUCAUGGCCCCCCUGCUCAUCGGCAACAGAGCCGUCUGCAGAGGCUUCAAGAGGGGCAUUGUCUGCGGAGGCCAUUAGCCUGUUUGGCAGUGAUGCUUUUAGGCAUGCGCCUUGCCAGCUGAUGCUCUGCAAGGAUCGCCCUUUCAGCUGCAGGGACAUGCAAGGCACUUCCUGCUAGCCCCAAGGGGGGAGAAGGGCUUGUUACCACUCUAAUCUUAGGAGCUGUAAAGGGAAGCAUCAGCAACAUUCAGAGACAGAUACUGCUUUCCUCUUGGGACCUUGAGGAAGCAAAACCCCCGAGAUACAAAACUGGCAUGCCAGCCACAGAGCCUUUCUCCCCCACUGAUGUCACUGUCAGCCUGGUUCUCCCAGGGUUGUCAGCUGUGGGCCAAUUAUCUCACCACAGGAGGGAAGAGGCUUUUUAGCUUGGAGCUGGUGCAGCAAAACUGGGCAGGGAGAAGUUUCUCCUCCCUAAAACUUGGGGGCAUCCAGCAAAAUUGACUCUGUUGGAAGAUUCGGGACAGGCGCGAGAAAAUGCUGCUCCAUACAGUGCGCCAUUGAACGGUGGAGUUUUCUCUCGCAGGAGGCAGCAAUCGCCACAAAAUUGGAUGGCUUGGGGGGGGGGGAAGGAUUAGAUCGGGGUUUCCCAAACUUGGGUCUGCAGCUGGUUUUUUUGGACUACAACUCCCAUCGUCCCUAGCUAGCAGGACUGUUGGUGAGGGAUGAUGGGAAUUGUAGUCCCCAUACAGCUAGGGAAACCCUGGAUUAGAUAAUGGAGAAUUAGGCUAUCAACAGUUACUAUAUGGCUGUGUUCUUUCUACACUGCCAGAGGUGGCAUGUCUUUGAACACUGGUUGCUGGCAGUCCCAGGUAGGAAAGACUUUUGUUGUACCCAGCUUCUCUUUGUGGGAUUCCCAGAGACAUCAGGAUGCUGGACUCGAUGGACUUUUGACCUGAACUAGUAGGGCUCUCCUCAUGUUCUUAAGAGGCAUUCUCCACUUCCUCAGUCCUUCGGGGAGUGGUAGAGGAAUGUGCAGAGAGCUUUCAGCCAGCUAGCCCAGGGGGGAAGGUGUGUCUGGCAAGGUUGCCAGAAAACAAUACAGUAUUUUGAAAUAAGAAACGUUGGCUGUGGUGCAGGGCACAGCUGAAACCCAAGGUUGCGGGGAGGGUGUGUUUGCAGAAGAGACUGGUUGCUCUUUUCUUCAGUUCCUGAACUUGCAUUCUUUUGCAUUUUCUGCUUCAGACUGGGAGAGAGCAGAUUGCUGCAAACCGCCUGUCAAACUGGAUGGCAGUGGCCUGGUACACGCACGCAACACCCGUCGCUUGAUAACUGCAGUGUGAGAUGGGUGGCUUGCAUGUCUAAAAGCAGUGGACAGUGCUUUCGUACUCUCCCCUGAAAGCCGGUGCUUCUCAGUGGAGGCAGAUCACACAUUCAGCGGACAGUGGAGCAUUCAAGGGUAGGGUGGGAACUGGCUCCAAGCAUGGAGCAAUUAAGUGCAAGGAAACAUAGGCAUGUCUGAAACAGGUCUGAGUGAGGCUUUGCACUUGGGCAUUCACAUUCCAAGUUGAGAAGACUUCCCCACACGGAAAAGUGUCGCCAAUCAUUCGUGAUGCGGUUGUUGUCAUGGUGAUGCGGCUAGGGACGGGCGAAUGUGCCAAUCUCACUUUGUCAUUUUAGUAUUUAGUAUUUUAAAUUUUAUACGUUUUAAGGUACGGUUGUAAAACUUUACUAGUAGUUUCCUCUUUUGCAAGCCGCUUUGAGGUUUUCCGCAACCAAGCGGUGUAUACAUUUUAUGAAAUAAAUAAAUGGAAAUUCAAAAAUUGCAAAGCCAUUUCCCCUAAUAUAACACUUUUGGGGGUAUAUUUUCAUGUGUUUAUACGCACAUUUUACCUUUAUGUGUGCCUCUCAUUGCUUACCUAGACUAGAGAACUGCACAGCAAAUUUGGGGAAAUGUGAAAUUUGGAGGUUGGCUGUGCUUUCUUGGUCCAUGCAUUAUUCUGAAAAGUGCAAAUUUAGAUAAGUUUGCAUUUAAACACAAAGUGCAUCAGAUCCCACCCCUAGCUGCCAGGUACUGGUCUGAUCUGAUCAGGGAGGAUACAAAGGAGUGCCGUGGGAUGUGUUCUGGACCCGUUCUACCUGAGGAACUGCAUGACAAUGCCGGGUGCAGUAGUAGCCCCAGAGCUGGGGUGAGUGACAUAGUCAGGACAUCUGCUCUGUGAGAUUGCAGAGGCUUUAAUUGCUGGGGACCCGCAUCAGAUUACAGGCAAGGGGGCAAAGCACAUGCUCUACCCCAGCCCUUGAAAUACCAAAUAGCCUUUCUAAAUACCAGCGAGAGUAAUGGACAUAAAUUUUUAAUAGCCGUGUGUUCAAGACGAAAAGGGCAGGAAGCUGCAGACAAAAGGGCAACAUCUGCUAGCGCAACAGCAGUGGCACAAGAUAAGAUGUCCUUGCCUAUGCUCCUGUUCAGCUACCCACGUCCAUGUGUACACACAUUGUUGCUAAAGAAUGUUUUUAUCCAGGGUCGUGGGCAAUAGCUUAGCUCUGUGUGUGUUAUGUACAGUGGUUAAGAACUUAAUUCGUUCUGGAGGUCCGUUCUUAACCUGAAACUGUUCUUAACCUGAGGUACCACUUUAGCUAAUGGGGCUUCCUGCUACCGUCACCUGAUUUCUGUUGUCAUCCUGAGGUAAAGUUCUUAACCUGAGGUACUAUUUCUGGGUUAGCGGAGUCUGUAAUCUGAAGCCUCUUUAACCCAAGGUACCACUGUAUUAGGCUGUUUCAUAGAGGAUAAGUCUAGAAACCACUGUGAUAGCUAAGCUGAGCCUCUCUGCAGAGUGGCAGCUACCUGAGAAUAUCAGGUGCUAGGAACGAAUUGAGAGGGAGUGGCGUUCACUACCUCAUGCCUUAUUUGUGGCCUUCCUGGGUGCUUCUGCCUCCGCGGACAGAACCAGAAACAGAAUAUGGAGCUGGAAGGAAAUCUGGUCUGAAGCAGGCUCAUGUCAUGGUCUUACCUUUCUUCCCCUAUCACUGUAGUCUGUGCCUAUGCACAACUGGGCCACUUUUUCUCUCUCUCAGGCUCUUUCAGCACCAGCAGGCAUGGGUUCAGCAGGUAAAGUUUUUCCCUGUGUCAGGAUGAUGUGAUGGGGGAAAGGCUUAACGUGUGGAAUGUCAGCCAUGCAUGCAGCUAUUUAAGCUGCAGGAAUUCAGCUUGGGUUGAGAGGGGUUAGUUCUGUGUUUUGUCAACUCCUCCCUAGUCCCAGCCUCUCAGUACAUUGCCUCUUCCUUUUGGAAUCCUAAAUAUUCCUCUACAUAUUCUAAUAAGGGACAUUGAAUUUCCUCCUACUCUUCAGCACCUAACUUCCCAUUCCCCUCUGACCGACCAGGAGAUUCUCUUUCUCCAGCUUCUUAACCCAUUUCACCCCCUCCAACAAUCUCUGGUGAAGCACAGUGGCUCCAAACUAUGAUUUUGGUUAGUCUUCCCUAACCAGUUGCCCUCUAGGUAUCUGGGACUGCAACUCCCAUCAGCCCCAGUGUGUUGGCAGGGGCUGACAGGAAUUGUAGUCUGAAAACCAGGAGAGCAACAGGUUGGGGAAGGCUGAUUUUGGUGACGUCGCUUUCCAAGUGUCCCAGUGGACAAAGCACUGGAUUUGGAGAACAGACUCUGGUUAAACCUCUGACCUCAGUGUUUGGCUGCAGAUCAAUAACCGUUUUCCCUCAGCUUCACAUCUCUAAAGAGGGAAGAACACGUACCUGCGUUUCUGACUGAGUUGGGCAGGGGGCUGAGAUAAAGUUGGCAGCAAUAUACAGUAUCAGUAGUAAAUAGCAGUUGCUGUCCCAUUUUCCUUGUUCCAAGUAUUUAGUUACAUGAAGAAAACUUUGGAUCACUUAUCCGAAACCUAAUACAUAGGCUGCAAUUUGAGAAUGAUCGCAGGAUGUUGUUUGGCUGAUAAAAGUGAAUGAGUAUAAAACUAGCAAACAGUGGACACAGGUACACAGCCCCAAUACAGUAGGAGAAAAUGGUGGUACCCAAGGAAUUCCAUUUUGGCAGCAAGAUUCCAUUGGAUUCCAUUUUGGCAGCAAGAAUGCGUGUUUCUUUCUUAAGAUAAUUUCUACCCUACGCUUCUGUUCCAAUAGUAAUAUUCAGGGCCAAAUGUAGCCCCCUCCAAGAGACCCCUAUUUCCCUCACAGAGCUACAAUUCCUAGAGUUCCCUGGGAAGGAGAGCUUGAUUGUUAAACCGCUCUGGCUAUUGUAGCUCUGUGCGGGAAAUAGGUGUUUCCCGAAAACUCUCGGCACCCUUAACGAACUGCACUUCCCAUGAUCCUUUGAGGGAACCAGUGACUGCUCAAAGUGGUAUGACGCUGCUUUAAAUGUUUAGUGCACAUGGAGCCUAAAAUAAUGGUAGUGUGGUCUUCCCAGGUUCCCCUCCCUCCAAUUUUGACAAGUAGCCGCAGGCUGUGUCUGAAAGGGACAUGAGGCCCCCUCUUUGCUGAAGUGAAGGAGGUCUAGAUCUAGUCAGGGCCUGGAUGAGUGCCCACUUGGGAACCACAGGGCUCAUUGAUGGGAAAACAAGUGUGAUAUAAAUGUAAUUAGUAAAACAGAAGAGGCUCAUCCAACUCCUGUUUGGGCUAGUAGCCAUGGCUGGGGGGCUGUGCGUGCUUUUGCAUGGGCGGUGGUGGUCUGGGUGCUGAGAAGCAUUCUCCCACUGCAGCAAGCUGGUACCCAUCAUUAUCAAGCUUAGUGUCGUCCUCUGUACAGGAGCUGGAGAAAGAGAGGAGGGAUGUGGGUGAGGACCGGGUGGUUGCUAGGCAACCGCAGCACAGCUAACCAGUUGUUAAGCAACUGCAGCAAUCGGGAGCCAUCCUUCACGGCAUAAACAGCUCCUGCUCCCUCAUUAGGAAGAGAAGAAGGGAAGAACAUUGUCCAGAUGCUUCUGUAAUUGCAGGCAACACAGCGCAGGGGGAUGCUUCCGCCUGUUAAAUAUAAGAGGAGCUAACCUGAUUAGCAGCAGACAGGGCUUGGUUUUUGAGCUAGGAAUCAGCACUGGAGACAAGGAACAGCCAUGCGCUCUCCUGGAAUACGUAAAGCAGUAAGAGACUGGAGGAGUGGAUGAAGCAGAUAGAGAGAUGGUUGAUACUCAAUGAAGUUGAGUAUUGGGGGUUCAGGAGGACAGGCAAAAGGAGGUGCCUCUUUUGCAGAGCACAUAGUUAAACUACAGAAUUCACUACAAGAUAUUCCAGUGGCCACCAACAACCCAUCAGCCCCAGCCAGCAUGGGCAAUGGCCGGGGUGAUGGAAUUUGAAGUCGGUAACAUCUGGAAGGUCAGAAGUUACCCCACCCCAUCCUCAUCCUAGAGACUCAACAACUCCCAGCCAGCCAGCUGAAGAUCUGGAGUUAAGGACAAGGUGGAGAGACUAUUGCUUGCAGGAUGGCUGGAGCCCCAGUCCUUGUCUGCUUAGAAAUUACACAGUAGCAUCAGAAGGACUAUGACAGCCUUGCAAAUACAGUGGUGCCUCACAAGACGAAAUUAAUUCGUUCCGCGAGUUUUUUCGUCUAGCGAAUUUUUCGUCUUGCGAAGCACGGUGUCGGAAAAGUUUUGGAAAAGCUUCAAAAAUAAUCAAAAACCUCAAAAAAGGCUACCACACCGCGUUCUAUGAGUUGCUCCUCGAAGUCAAGUCGCAACUGUAUUAACGGUGUUAAGAAAAAGGAAACAAACUUGCAAGACGUUUUCGUCUUGUGAAGCAAGCCCGUAGGGAAAUUCGUCUUGCGAAGCAGCUCAAAAACCGCAAAACCCUUUCGUCUAGCGAGUUUUUCGUCUUGCGAGGCAUUCGUCCUGCGGGGCACCACUGUAAGCCCACAGACGUUACUAGCCUGCUUCUUCUUUUUAGCAGCCAACUAAGAAGCUACUAGUUUGCAUCUUUGGUUGUAACAAAAGGAAGUCCCCUCCUCCAUAGUCCUCAUGAGAAUUCGGGCUACUUGCAGGGCAGUUUAAAAAAAGAAAAUUGACUUCUACCAACCAAACUGGUGGGAUGGGUAGAAUGAUUUGUUUCUCCUCUGCCAGCCGGUUUGGCUUCCAUGGUGGCCACAGAGGAAAGGGCUCUUCUACCUUCAAGGCUUGCAUGGAAGCCAGGUGGACUAGCAAAUGAGAGAGAGGGCAAGAGAUGGACCCAUACUUCCUCUACCAAACCACUCACUCACCUGUAUGGAAUCUCUGAUUGCUUCUGGGUACCAGGUGAGCUAUGAAGUACAAGGCUAGAUGAUGCACAUUCCAGGAAUGGCUCUAAGGAUGGAGGCCGAUUGGCCAUGAUUCACAUUGACUCCCUGACAUUCCAUUCAUUUGUAUGCGUAAUUGAGUUGUUCCAAAAGCUGGUUCUGAUGCAAUCUCUGCAUCACACACACAAGCUGUUAACAGUGUCAUUUGGAAAAGGUCAUCCUAGUGGUCACUCUGCUACUAUAGACCUCUGGAACAGGCACAUUCCUUUAGGUGACUCAGGAGAAAUGCAUACUCAACCUAUGUAAUAAUCUGAAGCUGGCAAAAAGCUGUGUAAUGUAAGAGGCGUGUCCACCUGUUCAAAAUUGUACAUUGCUUGUGGCAAAGGCACUGAUUGGCCAAGUUGGCAUGGAAUGCUGCUUACGGAUAUUCCAACUGCUCAAUGAAAUGAGGUUGUCAGGAUGUUUGUAGAUCAGCUUCUGUAUGGGAAGGGAGAACUGCCAGUUUGGCUGGAAUUGUAAUAACUUUGUUAUUGUAACAACCUUGCAAGAGGUGUGGCUUUGCAGGAGAAUCUAGAAAUAGAGAUGCAAAGGGCCAGGAAGCCCUGAAGGAAAAGUGAGGAAUAGGUCUCAUAUUAAAAGGUAGCAGUGUUACUGGGGAUACUAUUGACUGUAUCAACAUACAGAGGUUUUAUUAAUAAAUGUUGUGUACAACAGUAAGUGUAUCUCUGUAAUUUGGAGACAGCAGUAAUUACCAGUGUGUCUUUUAAAUAUGAUGGGUUGGCGCUAAUGCUAGUCCUACUCAGAGUAAACCCAUUGAAGUAAACAUACAUUAAUUUCAAUGGGUCUACUCUGAGUAGCAAUUAGUUGGAUGCAAUCCAGGGCAUGGACGUAGCCAGGAUUUAUGUUGUGGGAGGCAGGAUUUAUGUUAGGGGAGCAGAACUGAGCUAUCUGUGACGCAUUUGUCAACUAAGUAUUUUUAUUUAUUUACUUGAUGGGGGGGCAGCUGUCUGCUGUCCUCCCCCCCCCCCCCGGCUACGCCCAUGAUCCAGUAUUGAGAUUUAUGGAACUUUGGAUGGUGAUGAAAACGUUUUUGAACCAUAAAGUUACAUUACAUGAAUUGCUAAUUUUUCAAUGUCAGGUUUUAAUAUUAAUACUUUUUUUUUUUUACAAAUUUAACAUUCAAGAUUUCAGAAAUACCACAAACACUGAACUCCAGCUGAAGGCCUGUGCAUGGUUUUGUGCUCAAUUAGAGAAAUGGCUGGCGAGUUUUAAAUCACAAACUUUCAUUGUUCUUGUUUAAAGGCUUGAGACAAAAUGUAAAUUUUGAAAUUAGACAGUCUUAAGAUUUCUAGAAUCUGGAUUGUCCAGGAAAUUGCACAUAGGGCCCGAGAAAUUUAAUGAGUGACCUUUGUUCUAAAAUCCAAUUAUUUCUCUUGUUCGCAUUUCAGAUUGAUGAUCCCGAAAAUGGCCUGGAAGGAAUGAUGCCGGAAGUUGAGGUCACAGGUUCAGUGGACAACUUGGGGUCCAAGCAGGCCGUCACAGCAGACUACGUGGACUCUGGCUACGAGAGGGGGCAACUAAACCCUAGUUCUCUUCAUAAUGGCGACCACGAGAUAGCCACCUACACACUGACCAAUGCGGUGCCAUUGACCCCACCUCUCCAUGAGAUAUGGCACUGGGAGAUUGAGAGCCUGGUAGGCGAGGCCUUGGCUCCACACUGUGACAAUGGGAAGGGUCUCUAUCUUGUUUCUGGAGCAAUUCCUUCCACCCUCAAAGUGAAGGACAAAGUCUCUGUCCCCGAGUCUCUCUGGCUGGCCGCCUGCUGCGAUGAUGGCUCCAAGACCUGGUCUUUGGGAUUUAUUAAGCAGGCAACUGCUGAGAAUCGCCUAGAAGACCUCACUGUGGAAGCCCUUGAGAAGACGCUCCACGCAGGAGCUCAGCUGUUUAAGAACCACUGCGGCCAAGACAGACACGACCCCAAGAAACUGGAGGAGGUCCACCAUGCCGUGAAACACGUCCGAGCUAAGGAACCGGUGCCACAAGCGAAGAAGUCCACCACAGGCCAGCACACCGGCACACAGCCAAAGGAGGAGAGUGGCUUUCUGAAGAAGUUGUUUUAUUUCAUCGUUACACCUAUCUUCAAACUGCUGAAAUUGGUUGUCUACCUGGUUGGCUAUAUUGUGAAAUACACCUUCUCUCUCCUGUGGCGCCUCAUCCAGACAAUCGUCGGAGGGGUGUUCACCUUCAUCAAAGGAAUUGCCACAGCGCUGCUGAAUGUCUUUGUUGACGUGGCUCGCGUGGGCGUCAGCAUCCUGAACGGCAUUGCCAAAAACAUCUACAGUGUCCUGAUGGUUACAUACAAGAUUCUCAGCAUCCCUGUGAACGUGAUACUAGACAUCGUGUCCUUCCCUUUCUACACCCUGGGUGCCAUCCCUACAGUCCUCCGAGAUAUCGCCUCAGGUAUUGGUGGAUUAUUCUUACUGGCAAUUGAUGCCACGACAAGCAUUGUGACUGGCCUAAAUUACAUCGUUUCGCAUUUAGCCAAAAGGUUCCUUCCUAAGAUUUACGAUGCCUGAAAAGCGGUGUGAGAAAGCAAAUGGCUAUGAAGAACUCUGGGGAAAGAAACCCAAAGCAAUACUUUCCGAUAUGUUGCUAAUCUCCUGCUGUUCCUAUAAAGUAUUUAUUUGUGAUGACAUUAACAGUAAUGAACCGAUGUUCUGGUAACAUGGGUGAGCUUCAUGCCCCCUUCCCCUCCCAAAGGGGCAUUUUAUGGCAAAAUUAAAUGUUCACUUAUUGUAAAAUGUUGCACUUUGGGUGGCUGGUUGACCUUUCCGUCUCAUGUCAAGUCUUUUGAGAACCAGGAAAAGUUCUGAACAGGAGAGAAACCUUCAUCCUCUCUACUAGAAUAUAUGAAAAUGGUGGAUACAGAAUCCUCUGCAGUGACUGAACCUGCCAAAAUACUUCUCUUUGUAGUAAGCUUGCAGCAUAAGCAGAGAACCUUACUGGGGGGAAGGGGUUUUUAGAGAUUUUGAAGAAAUCAUUUUCCCAAGUCAAGAAUUAUCCAUGGAGAGGAGAGUCGCUUUCAAAAUUUCCCUUUUUGGUUUAGGCUUUAACUCAAUAAUAAGAGAGCAUCCUUGGAAUGUUGAGGGUCCCACAUUCAAUCUUUGACACCUCCGGUUAAAAUAGAGAACUGGGCUGGAAAAGACCCCUAUCUGAGACCCCAGUUGAGCCCGUCAAGCAAAGGAUACAGCAUUUGGGCGGCCAGUGCUGAGACUCAUUGUAAGAAUUAUUUUUGCACUUUUUUGCACUAGUUCCUCCUUCCCCCCACUCCUCAGGCAAAUAAUAACAAUAAUAAUACCCAGCCCAUCUGGCUGGGUUUCCCCAGCCACUCUAGGCGGCUUCCAACAAAAUAUUAAAAAUACAAUAAAACGUCAAACAUUAAAAACUUCCCUAAACAGGGCUGCCUUCAGAUGUCUUCUAAAAGUCAGAUAGUUGUUUAUUUCCUUGAUGUCUGAUGGGAGGUCGUUCCACAGGGUGGGCGCCACUACCAAGGAGGCCGUCUGCCUGGUUCCCUGUAACUUCACUUCUUGCAGUGAAGGAACCGCCAGAAGGCCCUCGGCAUUGGACCUCAGUGUCUGGGCUGAACAAUGGGGGUGGAGACGCUCCUUCAGGUAUACUGGGCUGAGGCCGUUUAGGGCUUUAAAGGUCAGCAGCAGCACUUUGAAUUGUGCUCGGAAACAUACUGGGAACCAAUGUAGGUCUUUCAGGACCCCUGUUAUAUGGUCUUGGCGGCCACUCCCAGUCACCAGUCUAGCUGCCGCAUUCUGGAUUAGUUGCAGUUUCCAGGUCACCUUCAAAGGUAGCCCCACGUAGAGCGCAAGCGGGAGAUAACUAGAGCAUGCACCACUCUGGCAAGACAGUCCACGGACAGGUAGGAUCUCAGCCUGCGUACCAGAUGGAGCUGGUAGACAGCUGCCCUGGACACAGAAUUGACCGCUGCGCCUCCAUGGACAGCUGUGAGUCCAAAAUGACUCACAUAGAGCAUUUCAGCUAGCAAGUCAUCCGCUGCUGUCCCUUGAAGGUAGAAGAAUGAGUUCCUACAGGGAGGAAUUCAAUCUAGCGCUGAUGGAGCAAUCUCCCAUCCUCUCCCCUUGUGUGCUGUUCUGGGGUUCUUCCAACCCCCUCAAGCCAAUUUCAGGGGGCACGGGGGGGGGGGAGAGAAAGGGGGCAAGCCUUGUUGCACUAGUGGGAGCCCUUGUGUGAGGUUCUGCUAGUGUCGUUGGUUAGUUGAACCUGGUCAAUACUGGUGUAGAAUAUCUGUUUAAGAAACGGAGUAAUGGACUGGGAAGUUGCCAGUUGAAUUUCAUCUCUGCGAUGAUCUAAACUAGGCAACCUCAAGCCCCUCCAUCCACAAUAUGGAAAAUAAUUAUGUUGACAGGAAGGUGUGUAAGGUAAAGGCAUAAUGUAAUCUUGCAAGCACUAUGCAUACAUUCACACGAUCCAUUUAAGGCACUACAAUACCUCUUGAAACAGUAAUGGGUUGCCUCAAAGGAUUCUGGGAGCAGUUUGUUAAGGGUGCCAAGAAUUGUUUAGCCUUCCUUCCUCCCCGAGCUACAAUUAUCAAUCCCUCUUCGUGGAAAACUGGGAAUUGUAGCUCUGGGAGGAGAACUACGGGUCUCCUAAGAACUUUCAGCACGUUUAACUCCUCCUCCCAGAAUUCUCUGAGGCAAGCCACAACUGUUUACAUGGUGUGAAUGUGGCCGUAGUGCAGUAUCUAUUCUAUGCUCUGUUCUUUUCAGAGUGUUUGAGGCCUACUGGCUUUUGCUUCUAAGGCAGGUCUGGGUUUCAAACCUGUGCUUAGAUUAACUUCUGAAUUGGAUUGUUGUAACACAAUGGACAUGGCUCUGCCCUAGAAGACAGUUUAGGCCGUUUUAGUGAAAAACGAGGCAGCUAGACUUCUUAUCUGUGGCUAGAUGUAAGGAGCACCUCACCAGUUUUUUUGUUUUUGUUUUAAGAACUAGCCAUGAGGCUCCUGGCCGAUUUUAAUCUUUAAAAAGCCUUUAAAAGGCUUGAGACAAGUUUAACUUAAGGACCACUUCCCCCUCUAUGAAGCUGCUCAGCUAGGGAAUCCUUUCCCCAUGGCAACUGGCAGGGCACCAACCCAUAUAUCUUCUGUGUUCCUGGAGAGGAUAUUUCUAUUUGCCCAGCCUUUUGAAGUUACCGAGUUUUAAUCUGGUUCUCUGCUUUGAUCUCUGCUGCUGUUAUACAUUGGAUUUUUGGUUUCAUGUAUUUAUUGCUAACCUUUAUUUCUGAUUUUGUUUGCCACUCUCGAGACGUUUCACAUGGAGAGCGGUAUAGAAACACCACCUAAGUGAAUAAAUAGUAUUUUCACUAGCUCUAUAGAG